AUGUUCGCGCGAAAUUUCGUUGUACUGUGCAGCGUCUUGUUGAAUACACAGGUCAAUGCAUUGCGUUACGAGAAAGAAUAUGUUGGCUAUAACCUGAAUACGAAUGAGUCGGCGACAUCACCUUUUGAUUAUUCUGGAAAAUGGGACGGACAUGAAUUCUUCCCAUCACCCGAGAAUUGGCGUUUCCCUUUCUAUUCCUUCUUCUUAGACAAAUUCGUUAAUGGAGAUCCAACCAACGAUGACAUUAAUGGUACUCAUUUCGAAACCGAUUUCAUGCAAACCCAAUUACGACAUGGCGGUGAUCUUCAGGGUCUCAUUGAUAGUCUGGAUUAUAUACAAGGAAUGGGUGUAAAGGGAAUCUAUAUCGCCGGAAGUCCUAUGAUCAAUAUGCCCUGGGGUGCGGAUCAGUAUUCUCCUUUGGAUUUUAGUCUUCUCGAUCAACAUUUUGGAGAUAUCGAUAUGUGGAGGAAAACCACCACUGCCAUCCACGACAGGGGAAUGUAUGUUAUUCUCGACAAUACUAUGGGAACCAUGGGGGAUUUGAUCGCUUUUAAAGGUUACGAGAACUCUUCGACCCCAUUUACUCUAGUCGAGCACGAAGUUCUUUGGCGUGACCCAAACCGUCAAUAUUUGGAUUUUGCCUUCGGCGAGAAGUACAAUAAAACUUGCAACUACCCUAGGUUUUGGCUUGAUGAUGGAUAUACCGUCAAGGAUGAUGUCACGGAUCUCAUGAAUGGUUGCUAUGAUUCCGAAUUUGAUCAAUAUGGUGAUACCGAAGCUUUUGGUGUCUUUCCCGAUUGGCAGCGUCAAUUAUCAAAGUUUGCCUCUGUCCAGGAUCGUUUGAGAGAAUGGCUCCCUUCUGUAAGAACCAAAAUCGAGAUCUUCACUUGCAUGAUCAUCCUACAACUAGACAUCGAUGGACUGCGUGUGGACAAAGCAACUCAGAUUACGGUCGAUGCAUUGGGAAGUUUUAGUCACGCGGUUAGGGAAUGCGCACUAUCUGUGAAUAAGGAGAAUUUCAUGGUUACCGGUGAAAUUACUGGUGGUAACACUUUUGGUAGUAUUUACCUUGGGCGUGGACGUCAACCUGAUAUGCUACCGCCUAGCAUUCCAGAUGCGGUCAAAAUGACCUCCAAUUCCAGUUUAUCAUACUUCAUCCGUGAUCCUGGCCAAAACGCUCUCGACUCUGCUGCUUUCCACUACACUGUUUAUCGCACGCUGACUAGAUUCUUGGGAAUGGAUGGAAACUUGGAGAGUGGAUACGAUGCACCCCCUAACUGGGUAGAAAUGUGGAACAUAAUGCUCCAAACGAACGAUUUUAUCAACCCCAAUACUGGAGUCUUUGAUCCAAGACACAUGUACGGAACUAGCAAUCAAGAUGUUUUCAGAUGGCCAGCUAUCCAGAAUGGAACUCAAAAGCAACUUUUAGCCCUGUUCAUUACCACUAUACACAUGCCUGGUAUACCUUUACUUCUGUGGGGUGAAGAGCAAGCCUUUUAUGUCUUGGACAACACGGCCGACAAUUAUCUAUUCGGUCGACAAGCUAUGUCACCUUCUCAAGCAUGGCAAACUCACGGAUGCUACACCCUCGGUAGUGGUACCUAUUAUAAAUAUCCCAUGGAUUCUUGCACGCGCGGUUGUCAUGAUGAUUGGAAUAGUCGUGAUCAUAGAGAUCCAUCCCACCCAGUUCGAAAUAUCAUCAAGGCGAUGUUCCAAAUGCGAGCCAAUUUCCCGGUCUUGAACGAUGGGUGGUAUUUGCAACAACUCUCCAACCAGACAUACGAAAUCUUAUUACCCGGUAGCAACGGUACAGCCACUGAAACCGGAAUGUGGAGUACUUUGCGAGGUCAAUAUGAUGGUAUUCAGGAUUUUUCCAAGGCUGGUGGCCAGGCAAACCAGUCUGUUUGGCUGGUUUACCACAACGUUUAUGAUACAGUAACUUACAAUUUCGAUUGUAGUAGCAACGACUCCCUGGUUGCUCCCUUCGUUAGUGGCACCACAGUCAAGAACCUGUUCUAUCCUUAUGAAGAGGUCACGUUAAAAGCAGGACCUUUCCAGUUAGGAAUUGCAAAUCAAACAGGCUUCAAUGGCUGCCUUGACAGCGUCACCCUGGUUAUGUACGAAUAUAAGGCAUAUGUGCCAAAGGAUACCUGGGUUGGACCUUCACCUAUGAUAACUGCGUUCUCUCCAGGACAUGAUGCAAGACUUACCUCGGCAGUUGCUCCCGGGCAACAAGAAACCAUCGAGAUUCAAAUCGAUUUCAGUGACGAAAUGAAGUGUUCCGAUAUUCUUUCGGGCAUGGUAAUAUCCUCUAAGACAGAGGAUGGAACGGUUGCAAAAUUAGCCAAUGCUACCGGUGAAUACUCUUGCACAUUACUUCCUAACCCAGUUAAUGUCACCGACUUCGUUGGAUCGAUUCCCACUCGUUGGAGUUUCAAAGGUAACCUUACCAAUGUGUCUAACGGUGUCCAUUCUAUUACACUCACCAACGUCACGAGUGCCUCUGGAAAUUCUUCAACUGGAUCAACAGAUACAUUUUUAAUUCGCGUUGGACAAGUUGACAACCCUCUGGUUUUCCCUGGCUCUGCAAAUUAUACACGACAGUUGCUCCACAAGCACGACAAUGGUACUUUGUACGUCAGUCACAAAGCUGCUGGAGCAGAUUUAUUCAAGUACUCCUUGAAUUGGGGAACUUCGUGGUCCGAAUGGUUGCCAUACGCUGGUGGAAACACAACGCUGGAAAAACAGCCCUGGAGUGGUACAAGCAAACAAAAAUGGGAGGGAGAGCACGUCAUCAUGCAAUAUUGGAGUAAACUCACUGGCAGCAGUGAUGUUGUACAACAUUCUGAUCUUGAGACAAAUACAUAUUCGCGUCGUCUUCCGCAUCUGUUCGCCAAUGGUCCAUUUAACCAAUAUGGAUAUGAUACUGGUCUUGAAAAUGAAUUCAGCUUGAAUAAGGAGAACAGUCUCUGGGAAUUCAAAUUUAUGACUGAAUGGCCAGCUGAUCAAACUGUUGUCAUGGGAGACAUCGACCUUGACAAUAUCCUUGACCGCAUGCCUCCUUCGUCGCUUUCCACGGCACUUAUUAACAUAACACGUGUACCUCCAUCACCAUAUCUCGGUUACAAAGUUGCAAUCGACGAUGGAAAUUAUAGAUACUAUCAAAUUCCCUAUGGAAACCGUUCAUACCAAGUGUUGAUGGUGGUCCUUUUCUGGAUUGUUCCUGUCCUCACUGGUGGUCUCAGUAUCUGGCUCUUCAUGAAAUCUUUCUACGCCGUCAAGCUCAACAGUGUUGGUGUCAAGGAGACAAAGAACUACAUUCCACUGGCCAUUCGCAGAAAGUUGAAGAGGGAUAAAGAUGACCAUAACGAGAAAGAAAUGACUGUUAUGGGAGGACUACACUCCAUGUUUCACGAAAACGCUACUCAGCUUGGACUCCAAGCUGACCCUGUAUCUACUGGAAGACGAACUGUGCUUAUCGCUACCAUGGAAUACGAUAUCGAAGAUUGGGCAAUCAAGAUCAAGAUUGGUGGUCUCGGUGUCAUGGCACAAUUGAUGGGAAAGAAUUUGGGUCAUCAAGAUCUCAUCUGGGUUGUUCCUUGUGUUGGUGGAAUUGACUAUCCUGUUGAUCAACCAGCUGAACCUAUGGAUGUCACGAUCCUUGGAAAUUCCUACACUAUUCAAGUUCAGUACCAUGUUCUGCGAAACAUUACUUACGUUCUUCUCGAUGCACCAGUCUUCAGAGCUCAAUCUAAAUCCGAGCCGUACCCAGCUCGUAUGGAUGAUUUAGACUCAGCCGUCUACUACAGUGCCUGGAAUCAAUGUAUCGCUCUUACUAUCAAACGUUUCCCUGUCGAUUUGUACCACAUCAACGAUUACCACGGAGCCGUUGCACCAGUCCAUCUUCUUCCAGAAACCAUUCCAUGUUGUUUGUCCCUUCACAACGCUGAGUUCCAAGGUUUAUGGCCAAUGCGUAACCAAAAGGAAAGAUCCGAAGUUUGUCAAGUUUACAAUAUUCCCGAAGAGGUCGCUAUCAAGUAUGUUCAAUUCGGAGAUGUGUUCAAUUUACUCCACGCCGGUAGUUCUUAUCUUAGAAUUCAUCAAAAGGGUUUCGGUGCCGUUGGUGUCAGUAAGAAAUACGGAAAGCGUUCUUGGGCAAGAUAUCCUAUUUUCUGGGGAUUGAGUAAAAUUGGUAACCUUCCUAACCCUGAUCCUUCUGAUACUGGAGACUGGAGCGGUGCCCAAGACUCAUUGGCCAAGACAACUGUCAACCAGGAUUUCGAAGCUCAGAGAGGUGAGCUCAAAAGACAAGCUCAGGAAUGGGCUGGUCUUGAGCAAAACCCUAAAGCUGAGCUCUUGGUUUUCGUCGGUAGAUGGUCCAUGCAGAAGGGUAUCGAUUUGAUUGCUGAUGUUAUGCCCGCUGUUUUGGAGGAAAAUCCAAAUGUCCAACUUAUUUGCGUUGGUCCUGUUAUUGAUCUUUACGGAAAAUUCGCCGCCCUGAAAUUAGAUGUCAUGAUGACGAAAUACAAGGGUCGUGUCUUCAGUAAACCCGAGUUCACUGCUCUUCCACCAUUCAUCUUCUCCGGAGCAGAAUUCGCCUUGAUUCCAUCCAGAGAUGAGCCUUUCGGACUUGUCGCUGUCGAGUUUGGUAGAAAGGGAGCUUUGGGUAUCGGUGCCCGUGUCGGUGGUCUUGGUCAAAUGCCUGGUUGGUGGUUCACUGUCGAGUCUACUACGACAACACAUAUGCUUCAUCAAUUCAAACAAGCCAUCAAAGAAGCCUUGGCCUCAAAGUUGGAGACUCGUCAAAUCAUGAGAGCACGAUCCGCCAAACAACGUUUCCCAGUCGCACAAUGGGUUACUGAUCUCGAGACAUUGCAAAGUAAAGCUAUUAAAAUCCACGACAGGGAAGAAGCAAAACACAGCGGUAGACCAAGAUCUAGGGGACGAGAAGGAUCAAACCUCUUGUACUCUUCCGCUAAGAGAGUGUCUAGUUUUAAUACCAGUUUGGCUAGUACAUCACAACUUGACGUUGCUAGUACUAUUGGAGGUUCCACAAGACCAUCCUCUCCAACUCGCGUUGAAAAGCCAGCAGCUGGAGGACUUAGCCGAAAGCUUUCUCUAGGAUACCGGGCUGGUCCAGGACAUCGCCCGAACAAGAAGGGGUACAAUGAGGGCGAGGGAUCGUUCCAAGCAGGAGGUCCGGGUACAGUCGACGAAGGACUGACUGAUGUGGAUGAAGACUCUGAUGAUGACGAUGACCAAGUCCGUGACGACAUAUACGACGAAUACGUCCUCACACCUGAAGAAUUAGAAGCUCAGAGACAACAAGAGCAAUGGAAAGGACGGUCUGAUAGUCCUGCCGGCGGCGCCUUCCUCGCACCACAACCAGGAUAUUUGGACUCCCCACGCCGAAGUCCAAAUGCUAAUACUGCCAGUUUACAUAUUAAUGAUUCUGAAUUAUCGUUGCCACGACUCAAGGAUGGUUCAAAUAUUUAUUCCACUCACUCGAUACCUGGUUCGCCGGGUUUGGAGUCACCAGGAGCGCAUGAGUCUUUGCUCCCACCUCCUUCUGUCUUUGGUGAAAACAAUGCAAACAGAGCUUCCAUGCUUAGUUUGAGUUCAGUUAUUGGAGACAAAACUGAUUUCAAACUCCAAAAGGUCGAUCCAUUCUUCACUGAUACCCAAGGAGAAUACUACCAACAAUUUGCCAAGAAUCUUGAUACUUUGGAUGGAAAGAACAGUGAAACAGCAUUGUGUAUCGAAGAAUACCUUAUGAAAUCCGAAAAGAAAUGGUUCGAUAGAUUCCGUGAUGCAAGAUUAGGAAGAAACUCUGUUGCACCUGCAUUUUCUGCCCUAGGCAGUGGACGAAAAUCCCACGACAGCCGCGGACGAUCCAACAGCCAAGAUAGCUUCACAAAUGAUACCAUUGUCCACUCGAGGCAAAACUCCAGUCAAGACGACAUGGCACUCACAGGUGGUUCUGCCAAUGACCAGUUCUUGCUUGGCAAAGACUAUAAACCACCUACAGGUCUGCGUCUAGUCAUGCAAUAUCGCUUCUUUGAUUGGCCCGUCUAUUCAUUCUUACUCGCCUUUGGUCAAAUCAUCGCUGCUAAUUCUUAUCAAAUAACACUUCUUACUGGUACUGUGGGUCAAACUGCAGAGAAACUUUACAUCACGGCAACCAUCUAUCUCGUUACUUCUAUCAUGUGGUGGGAAGUUUUCUCCUUCUUCAAGUCAAUCUACGUCCUCAGUGUCCCAUUCAUCUUCUACGGAUUAGCCUUUUUCCUCCUCGGUAUGGCUCCUUUCGUUUCCAGUACUGAUGGCAGAGGUUGGGUCCAAAAUGUUGCUACUGGUAUCUAUGCUGUGGCCGCAUCCUCAGGAAGUAUAUUCUUCGCGUUGAACUUUGGAGACGAAGGAGGAGCCCCCGUCAAAGCCUGGGUAUUCCGCUCCUGUAUCAUUCAAGGAACACAACAAGCUUACGUCGUCAUUCUCUGGUUCUGGGGAAGUUACCUCAACAGACGACAAGCCGAUGGUCUCGGAGCCUCUUUCACAUCUGCCAGUCCCAAGAUGUCCGCUGUCGUGAUUCCGAUUGCCAUUCUCAUGUGGGUGGUUGGCCUGGUCACUUUCCUUGGAUUGCCGGAAUAUUAUCGACAAGCUCCUGGAAAAGUUCCUUCUUUCUAUGCCUCGCUCUUCAGACGUAAGAUUGUCAUGUGGUUCUUCGUUACGGUCCUCAUUCAGAAUUUCUUCCUCUCGACGCUCUAUGGUCGUAACUGGCUUUACCUCUUCUCAUCCAACCAUGCUCCUACAUGGGCUAUUAUUCUUCUCAUCAUCUUCUUCUUUGGAUUCCUAUGGGCAAUGUUCCUCUGGUUCUUUGCAAUCUUGAGUAAAGAUCACAGUUGGGUUCUACCAAUUUUCGCCAUCGGUCUCGGAGCCCCUAGAUGGUGUCAAAUGCUUUGGUCUUGCAGUCCUAUGGGACAAUAUGUACCAUGGGUUGGUGGUGGUCUCGCUAGCGCCAUCUUCUCAAGAUCUUUGUGGCUUUGGCUCGGUAUGCUCGAUGCACUUCAAGGUGUUGGAUUCGGUAUGCUUUUGCUUCAAACACUUACUCGUGUCCACAUCGCUUUCACUCUCAUUGCUGCUCAAGUUUUGGGAUCAAUAGCUACUAUGGUAGCGAGAGCCUGUGCACCGAAUAAUAUAGGACCGGGUCCCAUUUUCCCUGAUUUCAGUGAUGGAGCUGGUGGUUUGGGUAAUGCAUGGUUUUGGGUUGGAUUAUUAUUACAACUGGUAAUUUGUGGAGGAUUUUUCACAUUCUUUAGAAAGGAGCAACUUAGCAAACCUUAG